CAGGUGCGACGAGUAGACUCGCAGAUAGACCGUCUACAGCUUAAUGCGCCACCACCAGUCGGUCCCAUAAACGUCACCGGCGACGACCAACACUUUCCCUCAGACCGAGCCGAGCACCUGCAAUCACUGGUCAAAUCACUAUCCAUAACCCCUUCCUCACGCAACCCUCUACUCUCAGCCUCUCAGAUCCACCACUAUCUCACCCGCGCCCAAAUCUCGCUACCGAACGAAGGAGAGGAUCUGUCAGCACAAAAACAUGAUGGAGAAUACGAGCAAGAGUUGGCGUGGCUGCUGGUAGCAAAGGCGACUGUCCAGGUCUAUGGCUUGAUACUGUCGCGUCUGCUGGAUGAGACUGUCGCCCUUGCAGACGACGUUUGGUACUGGGAUCAGGUGCUGGCCAGCCAACAAGCAACCGCGUUGUACAGCAUACAGACCGCUCCUUUGCGUCUGGCCGAGUGGAGCAACUACGUCUGGGCCGAUGUCCGCAGGAGAAGUGCCGACUUUAGUAUUCGUGGUGCUGGCGCCGAGGCUCAGCAGGGCUUGACUGCUCGAUGGUCCGAGUUCUAUGGACUGGUCAAGGAGGUGGUUAGGGAGAAGAGUGUCAAGGAGAUGCGCAAUCGCGUUGUGAGCCCUGUCGCCAGAGUUCGUGGCUCUGUUCGCCAGAAGCAGAAUGAGCUCAAACGAUGCAGGUUGCGUGGAGCCAACGCGCUAGGUGUCUUGCUGGGAGAGGGCCUGAUGAACGAGAAUAUGCACGGCGAGGGUUUCGCGACGCCGAGUGGUACUCAGGGCCGCGACAAGUGGAAGGCCAGUGUGGCACGUAAUGUUGCUCUCAUGGACGCCGUGCUUGCCAAAGUCAACGAGGAAGAGCUCGCGGUCGAUAAGUUCGACGCAGCCAUUGCAGCAGCCACCGACGACGAUCCACUCUACGAUGUUGAGGUCUACACUCAGGAUAAUGGGGAGACGUCUGGGUCAGGGGUACACCCUGCGACCAUCGCCGACAGACUGAUCAAGAUGCUAAACGCUCGGGUCCCCGAAUACACACAGCAGUCAAAGGUCAUGGUACAGAAACAUGGCAAGCCAUCACGCAUUGUCCGAUACUGGCUCCCCAUUACUGUAGGAAUUCUCUCGUCAAGCACCAUCCUUCGCUACCUUGUCAACCGAAAAGCGGAGAUCCUUACCUGGAUUCAAGAGUUUGGCCAUACUAUUCGCGACUUUUGGAUCAACUGGUGUGUGGAGCCAACUCGCAAGGUGAUUCAGACGAUCCGCCACGACAAGGACAGCGAGGUGUCGAUAAUGUCGAAAAGGUCUCUAGAGGGUGACAGGUCCAGCUUGGAACGCAUGGUUGUGGACUUUGCAGUGGACAACCCAGGCAAUGCGACAGAUACCGGCAGUCCGCUCACAGACGUCGAGAUUGCAAGCAUCAGAGCCAAGGUCCGCGAGGGUGACUUGACACCAGUGCUCAAGGCAUACGAGAAGGAUCUGUCGAGUCCUUUGAUGGGCACCAUCCGUGGAAACCUGAUCCGUGCAUUGUUGAUUCAAGUACAAAAGACCAAGGUCGACGUUGAAGUGGCCAUGGGCGGCAUUGACGCAUUGCUCAAGAGUCAAGAACUGGUGUUUGGGUUCGUGGGUCUUACUCCCGGCAUUCUCGUGACUAUCGGGAUUUCACGCUGGCUAUCGUCUACACUGACUUCACGACGAGGAGCAGACGCAAGCCGCAAGCAGGGACACAUGAUGCGACAAUUGCGCAACAUUGAUCGAGUGCUCACCAACUCGACACCGACGGAAUUUGGAGAAUUGUACUACAAGGAUCACGGAUUGUUGUUGUGCGAGGUGCAUGUUCUGCGUGAGGCGGCGCAUAGAGUGAUGCCUGCGCAGAUAUUCAGGGACUUUGUCGAGGAUGUGGAGGAGUUGGUCGAUGUUCGGACCGGAGUCAAGAAGCAGAGGAAGGUGGUCAACAGGAUCCGCUGGGCAUGGCUGAGAGCUGCUCGAGUAGAGGCUGAUCAAUAUGGACGUUUGCAACAGUUUGAGCCGAAUGGAGAAGUCGGGGGUCGUGUUUCGGGCCACUUGGCAGGCGCAGGCUGGCGCUCAAGGCGGGACACUCCAGUCUCCAGAACGUCAAGGGUAACUUUUGGCAUCUGCUGCCUUGACAUCACCUUGCUGUCUGUCUCUGUCCGUCGAUACUCCUCUGCACCUCACUCCUGCGAACAAGCAAAAGCCGCCGACGUCGUCUCCUUCUCUUUGUUGUCUGAGACUCUCCAUCCUGCGACUCCCGGCCCUGCAACCACGCCCAACACACACCGCCUUGCAUCUACGCUGCUCAUCACCCACGACCGUCCCGUACACUCGCUGCCUGCCGAUAUACGACUGUCGCCUUUGUACCUCUCACUGCCAGCCGCUGCCACUCUCCCCCACAUUCUGCCGUCGCCAUGGCAGGCCAAAACCGCAACUAUGACUUUCUCGUACGACCCCACUUCUGCCUCGGCCCUCCUUCUAAUCGGCGACUCGGGUGUUGGCAAGUCAUGCUGUCUCUUGCGAUUCAGCGAGGACAGCUUCACCCCGUCAUUCAUCACCACCAUCGGCAUUGACUUCAAGAUCCGCACCAUCGAGCUCGACAACAAGCGCGUCAAGCUACAAAUCUGGGAUACCGCCGGCCAGGAGCGCUUCCGCACCAUCACCACCGCCUACUACCGCGGCGCCAUGGGUAUCCUACUGGUCUACGACGUCACGGACGAGAAGAGCUUCAAUAACAUCCGCACCUGGUUCUCAAACGUCGAACAACACGCCUCCGAAGGCGUCAACAAAAUCCUCAUCGGCAACAAGUGCGACUGGGAAGAGAAGCGCGCCGUCAGCACCGCCCAAGGCCAAGCCCUGGCCGACGAGCUCAAGAUUCCCUUCAUCGAAGUCUCCGCAAAGUCCAACAUCAACGUAGAAAAAGCCUUCUUCUCGCUCGCCUCGGAUAUCAAGAAACGCAUCAUUGAUAGCAGUGGCGGUGGUGCUCAAGGAGGUGCCCAGCAGGGUGCUAGUCAGGUUGAUGUGGGCCAAGGAGGUGGUGUUGCGGGUGCCAUGGGGAAGAAUUGUUGU